UACCAAAAUAGACGGUUUCAUAUCACAGGUGGUGAUGGAGGCAGUGGUGUUGGCCGUGCUAGUCUUGAUGGCGCUGUUGCCCCAGGUUGAGCGUGCCUGGGGUCAGAGGGCGCCUUGUUACGAGUGUGAGGUUUACAAAGACACUCACCCGCAGUCGCGGCCCUACGAGGAGAUCCGCUCGCAUUGCUCGUACCCCUGCGAGUGCUCUUCGCUACCACCCGCAUGUCCGGCAGGAGUCUCGGUUGUGCGGGAUGGCUGUGGAUGCUGCGCCAUCUGCGCGCGCCAGCAAGGCGAGCAGUGUGACGGCACGACGCUGUGUGACGAGAAGCGCGGCCUCGUGUGUCAGUACCCGCAUCGCGCCACCGUCAAGGGCGUCUGCCAAGCAAUCAAGGGGCUGCCGUGUACCGUAUACAACAGAACAUACGAUAACGGAGAGACGUUCCUGUUGGACUGCCGGACGCAAUGCGCAUGUCAGAACGGAACGUACGCAUGCGCGUCGCUAUGCCCUCAGGAGUACAUCUCGCCCCAGGGGACCUGCAGACACCCGCGUCUGGUUGAGGUGCCGGGCCAGUGCUGUCGGGAGUGGAUGUGCGACAACACAGCAGCCCAGCACCCCCCGACCUGCCAGCAGGAGUACUCGCAGUGGUCCCCCUGUUCGAGUCCCUGUGGUGUGGGUCUGUCCCACCGUGUUUCAAACCUGAACCCACAGUGCCAUCCCACCAACGAGAGCCGACUUUGUCAGCUGCGACCUUGCGAAGGAGAGAGAGUGGCGGUGCCGCGCGGACACGCUAGACAUCACCACGUCAGGAAGGGUCACGAAUGUAAGGCCACACAGCGGGUGACAUUUCCCGUGAGGCUGCGGUUUGGACCUUGCAGAAGCAGGAAGACGUAUCGUCCCAAAUUCUGCGGGAGCUGCCCACGAGUAUGCUGCAAACCGCAGCUCAGUACCACUAUCGAAGUGGAGUUCCACUGUGACAGGGACAGCGCGGUGGAGGACAACACGGAUGUGCUGCUGGACCUCACGGAGCCAGGGACUGACCUCUGGUGGCCGGAAGAAAAGAAUGAGGAGCCCCACCACUAUUUCUUUUACGGCCACGAGCCAACAAGGUGGCCUCCAUGGAGAAGAGGGGGCAUGGAGUUCCAAGAAUACAAGGAUGAUGAGGGCGGGAGGUCGUUUCGUACUGUAUUCUUCGGUGUGCAGUGGAUUUUGAAAUGCCACUGUGCUCAGUCGUGCGGUGAAGAGGUGACGCUUGCUGAACAGGACUGGUUGGCAACUGCUAGGCCCACUAAUGGGGAAGGUGAGGUGCUCCUGCACAGAGUUCACAGGACUGCCGCUCCCUAAAGCGCAUUUAGCCAUUGUGAUAACAGUAACUCAGCCGGCCGCUAGGUGAUGCCACGUGAUCAGAAGUCAGGAGACGGUGAAGGUCACAAGUCUGAAUUCUCAUAUUAACUAGCACCACCCUCGAUUGUAUUUCUGUCGCGGUAAACUCCAGUAUUAUAUUUUGAAAUACACUAAAUUAUUACGUGUGUGUACUUACUGUUCCCGUAGAAAAAUGUCGGAUUGUGAGUGCUACUGCGGCCUAUGGGCAGGUUUCAAAUAAGAAAAACCUGAGAAUCAAUUUCCGCCAUGAGCAAAGGCUGUCCUCUUCCCCAUGACGUACAGACCGGCGCGGGGGUCCACGCAGUGAGUACUGGGGGAUUUAUCUCUAGUGUAAAACUGGAGGGGUGUGAAACUGACUACUCACCCCAGGUUAGAACUGAGGGUAAGAGCGAAAAAACUGCACCGCCACGUCCCUAUACGUUUCCAUGGCGUGAUGACUUCAACUUUUAAAGGAAUUUGCUUUCUAAAUCUCUGUAUAUAUUUUGUACUAAAUGAAGCACCCCUUCGUCCUGUCUAUAUCACAAUAAAUAGCAGCAUAAAUUUUAACGAGGAAAUGGCAUUUAAAUUAAUAAUUUGAAGUUUACUUGUGUGGGGACACGCGGUAGCAUAGUUGGCUGAGGGUCUAUACUACAA